GAGGGGUGCCACUUCCCACCCCUGGUAAAGGCAGAAUAGGAUCUGGCUGACUCCAAAGCCCACACUCUAACGUCCUGAGUCUACACUCCAGCCUGUGCCUGCUCUGGGCCCCCCUCCCAAGACACCCCCAGCACUUCCACAUCACAGCCUCCAGCCUCCAGCUGGCAGCUGCUAGGACCCAGGGGGCCGGUGCCAGGCCCUGCCCCUCCCUUGCCAGCUCUGUGUGUCUCCAAAGGGCAGCAUCAGAGUGACAGCCAGUACCAUCUCCAGCAGGGGCUGAGUUGCUGGGGUGGAGGAGAGAGCCACAGUCCCAGCCUUGCACCCUUCCAUGGGGCUGACCAAGCCCUCAAGAGGAUGGCAGCCUGGGCGUCUGAGCCAGCGCCUGGGCAGCCUGUGAGCACAGGGUGAAGCCUGAGCGCUCGAAUGGCCAACGCCACAGGGCUGAACGCCCCAGAAGUCACAGCCUCGAUGGGGUUGAUCCUGGCGGCUGUCGUGGAGGCGGCAGCACUGCUGGGCAACGGCGCGCUGCUGGUGGUGGUGCUGCGCACGCCGGGACUGCGCGACGCGCUCUACCUCGUGCACCUGUGCGUCGUGGACCUGCUGGCGGCCGCCUCCAUCAUGCCGCUGGGCCUGCUGGCCGCUCCGCCGCCAGGGCUGGGCCGCGUGCGCCUGGGCCCCGCCACCUGCCGCGCGGCGCGCUUCCUCUCGGCGGCGCUGCUGCCCGCCUGCACGCUCGGCGUGGCGGCGCUCGGCCUGGCGCGCUACCGCCUCAUCGCGCACCCGCUGCGGCCCGGCGCGCGGCCUCCGCCCACCCUCGUGCUCACCGCCGUGUGGGCGGCGGCGGGGCUGCUGGGCGCGCUCUCCUUGCUCGGGCCGCCGCCUGCACCGCCCCCUGCCCCGGCUCGCUGCUCGGUCCUGGCCGGGGGCCUCGAGCCCUUCCGACCGCUCUGGGCGCUGCUGGCCUUCGCGCUGCCCGCGCUGCUGCUGCUCGGCGCCUAUGGCGGCAUCUUCCUCGUGGCGCGCCGCGCUGCCCUGCGGCCCCUGCGGCCCCCGCGGCCCGCGCGCGGGUCCCGGCCGCGCUCCGACUCUCUGGACAGCCGCCUCUCCAUCUUGCCGCCCCUCCGGCCUCGCCCGCCCUGGGGCAAAGCAGCCCUGGCCCCGGCUCUGGCAGUGGGCCAGUUCGCAGCCUGCUGGCUGCCUUACGGCUGUGCGUGCCUGGCGCCCGCUUCCCAGGCCGCAGCGGCGGAGGCGGCCGUCACCUGGGUAGCAUACUCGGCCUUCGCGGCUCACCCCUUCCUGUACGGCCUGCUGCAGCGCCCUGUGCGCCGGACGCUGGGCCGCCUCGCCCGCCGAGCGCUGCUCCGGCCCCCGCGGGCCUGCACUUCGCGGACCUGGCACCCGCGGGCCCUCCUGCAGCACCUCCGGAGGCCUCCGGAGGGCCCUGCCCUAGGCCCUUCUGAGGCGCCAGAACAAGCCCGGGAUUUGGCAGGAAGGGAGAGCCUGAGCACGCCAGAGGCCACGUGAGAGAUGUCUCCCAAGCUGAGCGGGGACUGGAGAAAGCAGGGUGGUAUCGGAAGGGCCCAUCCAGUCUCCAGCACAGCUUGUGGCAGCUUCCCUGCCUGCACUUCUGGCUCUGGAAUAGGAGAAAGGGGUCUUGCAGCCUAGUGAGGCCCAGAGGUUUCUGGGAGCUAGGAAUCCUGAAUUCUGGGCCCAACUCUGCAUGGCCUUGUACGCAGACCUACACUUCCCUAGGCCUCAGUUCUCCCAUCUGUACCGUGGACCAUCUACAAGGGCUCCUCCAGCUUGGGUGAUCUGGACACUCAUGGAUGGUCCCCAGGCCAAGGAAGCAGCAGAGGUGGGCAGGGUCACAGAGAAGAGCCCCUGAGGGCUCACAGCCAAAGGGAAUGGGCCAAGCAGGGCAGGGCCUGGGUUGCAGCCACAGCAGGAAGAACCAGUGGAGAGACGUUCAGAGAGACGUUCAGAAAGUCCUCCCUGACAUCUGCACCAAGGAGAGGCUGGACAAAACUAUUGGAACUCCUCCAUCAGCUUCUAAAAAUGCCCAGAAAACAACUGGAUCACUUUGGUGCCAGAGGCAGGAGGCUGGACAGCAUGACCCCCGAAGGGCCCGAAAACCCCAGAACUGGCAUGUGGAAGGAGCCGAGGCCUAGCUGGGGCUGAUGGAGUCACAAACGGGGGGUCCUCUGGGGCCUCGGCUACACCUAUUUUCUGGAGGUUUUGCCAACAUCCACAGUGUUUCACAGCUUCCUGGUCUCUGAGAAUAUUUAUUCAAAAACAGGAAUUGAAAAAACUGUA